AUGGCAACUAUCAAUGACCAUUGCUGGCCAGAACCCAUUGUACCUGUACAAACCCUUUCAAACUCUGGUGUGCCCACCGUGCCACAACAAUACAUCAAACCUCCAUCUGAGCGUCCUUGUGGUAGCAUAACUAGCAUGCAUUCUCCUGAUCUUAGCAUCCCUAUCAUUGAUCUUGCAUGCUUCUAUGAUAUCUCCGAGCAUCGCCAAGCGGUGCUAGAAGCAAUCGUAAAGAGGAUGAGAGAGGCAUGGAGGGAGUUCUUUGACUUGCCUAUGGAAGAGAAAAAAUUAUAUGCAAACUCACCGGUGACAUACGAGGGCUAUGGGAGCCGCCUUGGAGUUGAGAAAGGUGCAACCUUGGAUUGGAGUGACUAUUACUUCCUAAACCUCCUGCCAAAUGAUAUGAAGAACCUUGAGAAGUGGCCAGAGAUGCCUCGUCACCUGAGGGAGGUGACUGAGAAGUAUGCAUCCGAGCUAAAGAAUCAGAGUGAAGUACUGCUCAAGGCCAUGUCAAGCACCUUAGGAUUAGAUGAGGACUACCUUCACAUGUCCUUUGGUGGAAGUAAGGGCAUCUCAGCAAGCAUGCGUGUAAACUACUAUCCAAAGUGCCCAGAGCCUGAGCUGACCCUUGGCCUCUCCUCUCACUCUGAUCCUGGCGGUAUCACCUUGCUCCUUGUUGAUGAAAAUGUCAAGGGGACGCAGAUCUUGAGCAACGGCGCGUACAAGAGCGUGGAGCACCGCGCGCUGGCUAGCUCCGGCGACGACCGCCUCACCAUCGCCUUCUUCUGCAACCCUUGCGGCGACCUCCCCAUCGCGCCGGCGGCUCAGCUGGUGGGCCCCGAGUCGCCGGCGGUGUACGGUCAGCCGGCCAUCACCUUCAACGAGUACCGCAAGUACGUGCGCACCAAGGGCGCCCGAGGCAGGGCGCAGGUGGAGUCCCUCUCUAGCUGCAACACCAGCAUCACCAUGAAUUAA